AAAAAAAUUAAUAGUUCACCACAAGCCUGCCAAAACGAACAGGCAACGGACGUGCUUUGCACGAUCCUGUGGGCCAGUGGCGACCCACGUAAGCUGCCAGGGACGGGGGAUAUCCGUUGCUAGCGCACCGGCGGCGCGUGCCGGCAAACAACUGCGAUCGGCGUCGGGCUGCAUCGAGGCCCGCGACAGCCAGUGCUAAGACCAGGCAGCGCGUGAAUCCUCUCCGGCGUCGCGCCGACGCAUCAAACUGCACGUAAACAGCUCCUGCUACGCGUACGAUGUCGGACGAGGCCAAGGGACGCUACGCCGACGAGGCGGAGCCGCCGCAGGAAGGCGAGGAGGAGGGUCCCCCGGAAGAAUACCGUGUGUUAUUUGCGGCCGCCGAGUAUGGUAGGGCGGACAUCGUCGCGUCCGCGGCCGCCGCGCUCAAAGAAAAGCUCGCGCCGGGCGAGGACCUGGCCGAAGCGCUGGGCGCGGCGCGGAACGACGACGACGCUUCGUUACUCGAGAAGGCCUGCAGUUCUAACAAGGUAGACGCCGUCCGCGCUUUGCUCAGAGUAGGUGCGAUCCCCGCGGCGGCGAGUCCCGUAUCGUGGCUCGAGGAGGGCUCGGCCUGUAGAGCUGCAGCCCACGCCGAGCUUAUGCAGCAGGUCGCAUUAGGGGACGCGGGAAGGGUCACGAACUGUGUGGAAAUCAACCAGUGCGUCGGGUGCGUCUGGCUCGUUCGAGCAGCGAGGAACCGGCAUCGCCACGACAUCGAGCAGGCGUCGCGUCGAUGGCGUGGAGGACGACGCAGGCGUCGCGUCGAUGGCGUGGAGGACGACGCGACGAAUCAGCGCGAACGCGCCGUAAAAUUUUGAUUGCCACACAGGUCACGAAACUACUGGCUUUGUUAGGUUCGAUACCGCGCCUCUCCGACGCAGCAACUUUUGGAGGGGACUCACCUCUACACUGGGCGGCGUCCUUCGGCCAGGAAGCGGCCCUGGAGGCGCUGCUCGCGGCCGGCGCCGAGCCCUGCGCCACGAACGACGACGGCGUCACGCCGCUCCACGAGGCGGCGCGCGCCGGUCAUGUUGAUUGCGUCUCAAUAUUGUUAAGGGGCGGCGCCGACGCGUCCCUCAGAAUUUCGGACGGGCCUGACGCGGGGAAACUGCCGGCCGAUCUUGCUAAAAACGACGCGCUCCAGAAGACGCUCGCCGUGUCGACGCCCGCGAAGGAGGUGAAAACGAUCACGCCCCCCCCCUCCCCCAAGCGAAGCGUCGACGUGGAAGACCAGGGCGCUGCGAGAUGCAGAGCCCCAUUGGUCUGGCCGCCGCCGCGGCGGUGCCGGUUAUUGCGAGGCGCCCCUGAAUUAGAAUUCAGAGGUGCGGAGAUUUCGGUAGGUGUCCACUCUUCCAUAGAUGAUGCGCGGUUCGACGCGGCUUUGCGGACUUUGAGAGUGGAGGUCGGCGCGAGAUUUGGGGUGAAAGUCGUCACCGCUAAUGAAGAGCACUCCGUGUCGUUGCGAGUCUGCGCGAAGACGACGGGCGGGCCCGAGGGCUAUCGCGUUUUAGUUAGAGAUGGUGUAGCUGCAGUUGUGGGCCACGACGCUGCUGGAUUAAAACAUGGCGCCUCUACGCUAGCACAACUACUUAGAUUCCACGCGUCGUGCGGCAAGGACGAGGACGACGCCCUGCCGGCCUUUCGGUUGCCGGCGUUAGCGGUCGACGACGGCCCCGACGCUCUAGUCAGGGCGGCGUGUCUCGAUUGCCGGGGGGCCGCGGCCCCGCGGAACGCCCAGAUCGACGACGACGCGCGGCGCUUGGCGUCGUGGCGCUGCAACGCGUUAUUUAUUUUAGCUGACGACGCGGGCUGCGACCAGUUGGACCGGGAAGCAAGGCCCCGGCAAGAGGAGGAGGAGGUGGCGGAACCUGUUCAGAGGGGCUGGUUCUCUAGGGCGCCCGUACCAGUACAGGAGGAGGCGGACGAGGACCCUCCCUUACCGUGGCACUCGUGCGACGGCGGUGAUGGGUAUGUGGAUUGCGACCCGGAUCCAGGUAUGGGUUUAGACGCGUGCGCGGCGCUGAGUGCGCGGUGCCGCGCGCGCCACGUUGCUUGCAUUCCCACGGUCUGCGUGUAUACGGAUAACGUGGACGAAGCAGUUGCCUGCGCAAAGUCCCUCACGGAACGGUAUCGGGCGACGCAGCUCGGGGUGCGCGUGUCUUCGUCAUUAUCGGCGUCGAAGGCUACGAAGGUGUGCGAAGCUCUCUCAAGUAAUUUACCGGCCGCGGUCGAGACGCUCUGGCUGUGGGGCGCUCCCUCAAACGCCGAGGCCGCGUGCUCGCGGGCAUCGAAACGAGCGUCUAUUGCAGUAAUUCUCGACGGCCCGCCGGGCGACGGCACGGGCGGGGCUAAAUUAGCAAGGCGCCGCGCGACGGCGGCCGAUGCUUUAAUAUGCGGCGGCGCGGACGCGGUCUACGCGACGGCUCUGCGGCAGGCGCCGGCCGUCGCUUCCUUAGUAGCGGCGGCGCGCGCCUGCCGGGCGGAGCGGGGUGCCGGUGUGGUUAUAAGAAGCGCGCCGCUCGGCGACCGGGCGCCUUCACCAGCAUUCCCGAAGCCGUUCGCGGAUGCGACAGCGCUGCUCGGGGCGGGUUUAGCUUGGCGCGCGGACGCGGGCGCCGACGCCCCGGCGGCGGGCGGCGGGCGGUCGCUGGGCCAGGCGGAGCUCGAGGCGCUGACGGCCGCUCAUUUGUGGAGGUUGGACCCUCCCAGGAGAGAAACGUCGGCCGCCGACGCGCACGACGCCGACGCGCCUCGUAGAAGGCUGGCGGCGGCUGCUGCUGGAGUAGUGUGCGGCAGAAAUGAAAGGAGAGAUAAUAACGGCGACGGGCGGGGCACGUCACUAUUAGCGGAGUGCCAAAGAGGCGAGCACUUCCCGGGAUCGGAGGGCGAGGCCCUGUACGCGCAGGACGCGUACGACGAAGCUCUACUCUGGCCGCCGUGCGCCGGCGGGGCCGCGGCCGCGACGCGCGCUUUGACAAUUUUAGCGGAGGAGGCCUUCCGCGCGGCCCACGACGACCACCGAGCCGCGACUUUGAGAGCGCACCACCGGCGGCUGUCCGAGCUUUUGAGGACGAGGUACUGGGACGGGGCGGCGCCGGUCGACCCGGCGUCGGUCUGGAAGUGGCAUCAUGAUGAAUUGGGGUUCUUCGUCGACUUCGAGCGCGUCGCGGGCGACGACGACGGCGGCCUGCCGCCGCCUCCCUCCAGGUCGGCUUCUGCCGAAGCGAUGGAUUCCAAUGAUGACGGCGACUCCGCGACGGCGCGGCUGCGGCGCGUCGUGGACGAGCUGCAUGUUGCGGUGGAUUUAUGUAGGUGGAUGGCGCGGUUGCGGCAAUUGCUGCUGGCGCGGGCGCGGGCCGAGGCCGCGGACCCGGACGACGCGCGGGCCUUGCUGGCGUCCGUGCCGUCUACAACUAGAUCUGACGUGGCCAAUAGGUUGUUGGAGUUGUUGCAGAGAGCUGCGGCGCUCUACGCGCGGCGGCAUUCUCCGAGGGACGCGGCGCGGCGCGCCUUCGACGCGUCCCCGCCGUUCCUCGACGACCUGACCUUCGACCUGGCGAACUUUAGCUACGAGGCCAUCGAGCGGCUCGUGCUCGCGGCGACGACGGUGGACCGGUAGUCUAUUCCCCCUUUCCCCUUUAAGGUCUCCAGUCUA